AUGCUUUAUUCAUUAUUAGAAAAAUCGACGAAAAAUCGUCCUGAUACAAUUGCUUUAUGGUCUAAUGAUUUUAGUUGCACGUACUUUGAAUUAAAUGAAAAAGUUAAAAUUUUAAGUGCUGGUUUAUUAAAACAAGGCUUGCAGAAAGGAGAUAGAAUUGCAUCUUAUCUACAUAGUAGUCCUGAAGCUAUACAAUUAUAUUUUGCCUGCUUUAAAAUAGGUGUAUCAGUUGUAGUGAUUAAUCCAUUCUUUCGUGAAUUUGAAAUCAAUUUAUUAGUUGAAACUGCUCAACCAAAAUUAUUUAUUACAGAAAGAGCAUUGUAUGAAAAUAUUAAGAAAUUAAUUCAGCCAUUUUCACCGAUCAUAAAUCAUUAUUAUUUGGUUGAUUUUGCAUCUACUGAUGGAUCUAAUAAUUUAUUACCGUUUUUAGAUCUUUUGAACACUAAUUAUACAAUAGAAAAUAUAGGAACUGAUGUUGAUGUGAAAGGUGAUCAAGAAGCAGUAAUACAAUUGACAUCAGGUUCUACAGGUAAAUCAAAAUGUGUACAAACAAAUCACAAUCAAAAAUUAUUCAAUGUUAAAGCAUUUGAAUCAUUUAAUUUUGACCAUAAUGAUAAAUUUUUAGUAAUAAGUCCUAUGAAUACUAUGGGAGCUUUAGAUUUCCAUAUUUUACCAGCUAUUCAAUAUGGUGCUACAAUUUGUUUUCUAUCAACUAACACUACAAAUGACCUAUACAUUAAACAAGUUCCACCGAUUUUAUAUGAACAAAAUAUUACAUAUUUGAAUUGCAUAUCAUCAACAUUACGUAAUAUAAUUAAAGAAAUAAACAAUUUUACUCAAGGGAUAUAUAGAAAGAAUAUGUUACGUUAUGUUUUUGUUGGUGGUGAAAGAUUUCCCGACUUAUAUUAUGAAAAUGCAAAAAAAUGCUUGGGGAUGUAUCCACGUGAACUUUAUGGAAUGACAGAAACAAACGGUCCUUGUGCUAUUACAGCUGAUAAUCCACCGAAAUGUGGAAGAUUCAAAGCAUUAAAUGAGACAAUAAAAUUUCGAAUAACAAAUGAAAAUUGGGAAGAUAUGCCUCAUAACACAAGUGGUGAAAUAACAAUUUAUUCAAAAACAAUAAUGACUGGCUAUUUAAAUGAUGAGAAGACUACACAACAAGUUAUAAAAGACGGAUGGCUUAAAAGUGGUGAUAUGGGAUAUUUAGAAUCAAAUGGUACUUUAAAUAUUGUUGGACGUAUAAAACAAAUGGUUAUAUGUAAUGGAUGUAAUGUUAAUCUAAUUGAAUUAGAAGAAACAUUACUUGAAUGUGAUGAUGUUCAUGAAGUAUGUGCAACAAGCGUACCAUAUAUGGAAUUUGAAAAACCAGUUGUAUUCGUUUCAAUUCAUUCUUUUUCGUCGAAAAAUAUUGCCGAAGUUGAACAAUAUUUAUUUUCUUAUUUGAAAAAGAAAUUAGCUGAUUACAAAAUACCAUUAUAUAUCAGAAUAUUAGACAAGUUACCAAAAAAUACAAAUGGAAAAAUAGAUCGAAAAAUGUUAAAAGACAGAGCUUUAGAGGAAUCGAUACAGGACUAA